GCUUUUUUUAUUUUAUGUGAAAUUGACGAAAACCCGAUAUUUAAAGGUCGGUAAUGUUAGAAGACGACUGUCGGUAUCCGAUGGUAAGAUACCUAUGGUCGGUAUAUCUUUGAAAGCUCAGACGGAGAGAAUAAACGUACUCUUCGGGGGCUACUUAAGGCACUUUAGUGCAAACCAGAAGGACUGGGGCUGUUGGAUGUUGCUCAGUGCUGCUAUAACUUAACAACCAAAAAGCUCUGCGUCGAACUUAAGCCCCUUCGAGUUGGCGACGGAGCAACAGCCUCUGACGCCCCACACCAUUGCGGCAGGAGGGGGCUUGCCCAUCAGCCUACUUUGCCAAGAGGUGGCAGGAGCGCAACGAUCUAGCCCAAACCUACUUAGAUGAAGCAGCAAGGCGUAUGAAGGGAGCGACGCCCCUUCUUCUUGGAGAUAGCUCCAAAAGCCAAACCUAGCCCAACCUACUUAAACAACCCAAUGGCUCGGCCCGGUCUGAAGGAAGAAGAAAGUAGACUUCGUAGAGAAGCGGAUAGGAGGGGUAGCCUAUAGACUCAAGCGAUCAGCUCGGUGAAAACUCACCUCGUAUUCCAUGUGAGUCAGUUGACUUCAAUUAGACCAGACCGACCUAGGGAGGACCCACGAGGGCACCACCAGAUGUUUUAGAUAACCUUUAUAAAGAAGAAGUUGAGUAUAUCAUAGCUGACCGCACCAUGGGCUAGCCCGUACACCCACUGCACGAGUGGAAUACUACUUAGUCAAGUAGAAGGGCCAACCUGAGAGCGAGGCAAAAGCUGGGAACGGGCUGAAACUUACGAGUCGAAGACCAAGUCAGAGACUACUGGACGUCUCGCAGAGCGACUCUCAACGAGGACGUUGAGACUUUUCGAAAAAAAAAAAAAUGUUUUUUGGCUUAACCCGUCUUUACUAAAGAUCAAGGAGUACACUUGUACUCCGGCUAAUAGGGGAAGGCUUUUUUCAAAUCCAAGUUUGACUCUGAUUAGAUCCUUAGCGCAAGCGCUAAGUAAACAAGCUACCUUCUGUAAUAAAAACCGAGGAAAAAUAACGUCAAAUAGAAACGAACAGGGUCUUACGGCACGAUCACUAUAUCUUUUCCUUUUCUUUAUCUCUCCUCUAUAGAAAGAGAGGAUGAUACGGGGCGCGGUAUACCUGAUCAUUUGGUCAACAAGACGUACGCAAGUCGACAUAGCUCCAUAUAUAUGUUCUUUUGAGCUUGAAUCCAUAAAUAGAAUGAAAUGAAAUAAUGGUGAGCCCAGUAGUAGUAGGGCGACGAACACGGCUCAAGGGUUUCUAUACAAAGCCCUUCUCUUCUUCACUCAAAGGGGCAAUGCACUCUUUGAAUGGUACUUGAUUCAUAAAGAAUGAAUCUUUUGGUUAGAAGUUAUACGGACUUUAUAAAAGUAAAUGCCACGUUCCGCGUGUCACGAGAUAUGGGGCGUUCUAAUCGAAGGGUCAUACUUCUCGUCUCGGCCCUAUUAGGGUAAGGCCAAUGCACCAGCCAGCCGGUGUGGUGGCGAACACGAUCUGCUGUAAGCUAAGCUGUUCACCUUGUAGACGGAGGAGAUAUAGAAAGUGUGCCGUGCGUGAUUCAUAAGAUUAUAUAGUAACACCAGUAUAUUAUUAUAUUUCACUUAGCCUGCCUCUCCCAUGACUUUCCGGACCAACCAACCCGGAUCUGCCCUCGCAAGUCUCUCCGCGUUUUGGGAGCAGAGCAUGCAAAAUCGAGCAAUGGGUCUUAGAAGAAUUAAAUUUUGAACGGCAUGACUCUUUCUAUUUUUGCGCCGGCAUUUGAGUUGUCUCCCCUCCUCUUUCAAUCGACACACUCCACACAGAUAGCUCCCGUGGCCCCGGCUUCUGCCUCUAUCAGGCGGCGACAGCCCCUACCUUCCCCAAGAACCCUUUUUUAAGGAUUCGGCAGGCCCGUAAAAAAAAAUUGGGAUACUUCCCCCGAAAAACCAAGGGAGGCGGCGGCCCCCACCUCCACAGCCGCAGCAUGGGGGAGCGGCUCCUUAAUCCGCACUACAACCAAUCAAAAUUUUCUCCAGAUUGAUAUAUGAUGCUAAACCGAGACCGAGAUAGAGAGAGAGGGCUGCCCGUUGGCUUUUCGAGACAAAUCAUAGGAAUGGUGCUAAUUCCCAUGUUCUUUUUAGUCUCGUUUGGUUUCGAGGGCCUCCCCCUCCCCGUCUCUUACUCGUUUUUUGAAAGCCGUCAUCCUGGAUUUUUGUUUCCGUAUGCCGGGGAAAGUGCCUCACCCUUCUACAAUUUUUUUUUUUUUAAUUUCCUCGGGUCUCUAUAAAACAGAAUGAAAAGCCCGGGUAGAAGCACAAACAAAGGGAGAGAGGAAAAGUAGAAAGGGGGGAAGAAGUCUAGCGCUAGUUCUUACGGAAACUUCUUUUUCUAACUUUCAUUUUUGAGUGGUUUCUUUGUUCUCUUAUUUUGAUUGAAAGAAAGACAAAACUUCCCUCUCUUUCUCUUCUUUCUUUUUUUUCCCUUCGACGAAUUGCGUUUUGUUUUGCCAGAGAUAUUUUUUUAGAAAGAUUCCCCAUUGGAUAAAUAAUUAAAAAAUAGAAAGAAUCUAAAUAAAGGCGCAUAUGCGGGAAGGGGGCCCCACUACUUCUUCAUUCUGGGGGGACUAGCCUCAUUACUUCCCACCGGGCGAGAGGUGCACCUAACCCACCUACCUACUCAUCAAUCAUGGUGUUCAGCUGACUUGCACCGAUAGACCCCUAUUGUAUUGGAAUUAGGCGCCCAUCUUUUUACUGUUGUCAACUAAUCUCUUCAAUGUUCGAUUCUACUCUAUGUUAGAACAUUUCUGUGAAUGCUAUUUUGAUCUAAGUGGUCUUAUUCUAUGUCCCGUGCUAGGAAGCAUUACUCCUCUUUUCAUUCCAAAUUCAAGAAUACGAUCGAUACGAUUAAUUGGUCUGUGUGCCUCUCUUAUUACUUUUUUGUAUCCCCCUGUUCCUCGGAUACAAUUUGAUCCUUCUACGGCCAAAUCUCAAUUUGUGGAAAGCCUUCGAUGGCUUCCUUAUGAAAACAUAAAUUUUUAUUUGGGUAUAGACGGUAUCUCUUUAUUCUUCGUGAUAUUGACCACAUUUCUGAUCCCUAUUUGCAUUUCAGUGGGUUGGUCUGGUAUGAGAAGUUAUGGGAAAGAGUAUAUUACAGCAUCUCUAAUUCGUGAAUUUCUAAUGAUCGCCGUGUUCCGCAUGCUGGAUCCUUUACUAUUCUAUGUUCUUCCCGAAAGCGUGCUAAUCCCUAUGUUCAUUAUUAUAGGGGUAUGGGGUUCGAGACAAAGAAAGAUCAAGGCAGCAUAUCAGUUUUUCCUUUAUACUUUACUUGGAUCUGUUUUUAUGCUAUUAGCUAUUCUGUUGAUUCUUCUCCAAACAGGAACCACCGAUUUACAAAUAUCAUUAACCACAGAAUUUAGUGAGCGGCGCCAAAUCUUUCUAUGGAUUGCUUCUUUCGCCUCUUUCGCCGUCAAAGUGCCUAUGGUACCAGUUCAUAUUUGGUUACCCGAAGCUCAUGUAGAGGCACCUACGGCAGGAUCCGUCAUCUUGGCAGGAAUUCCUUUAAAAUUGGGAACCCACGGGUUUUUAAGAUUUUCAAUACCCAUGUUUCCCGAAGCGACACUUUGUUCCACUCCUUUCAUUUAUACUCCAAGCGCGAUUGCUAUAAUAUAUACUUCCUUGACCACUUCAAGACAGAUCGAUCUUAAGAAGAUCAUUGCUUACUCCUCAGUAGCCCAUAUGAAUCUGGUGACUAUUGGUAUGUUUAGUCGGGCGGCGGCCGUUAGGUCACCUAUUUUGAGUUAUGGACACACAAGGCCAAAACAUGUGUGCCGGGCGUGCGACCCAUCAACCUACUAGCAAUGGGGGAGAAAACAUAGCAUGUCGCAACAAAAGCUUGAUUCGAGGCGUCAGCAAAACAAAACACUGCCGUCUCUUUCAAAAACAAAAGCCCCUUAGCGCCCCGGGACGGGAGUGGGGGACGGCCCUACGCGCAGGCAACAGCAGCACCGGCGCUACGAAGUCAGAAUCGAACCCUUCUGUUGGCUUUCCCAAUUCAUUCGUGAAUAAGAAUUCAAGGGCUAGAAGCGCUCGCUUCUAGCUGCUUCGCCUGCUUCUUAUUAUGGCGGUUGGCGUGGCGGAAAUGAACGAAAAGCGAUAUGAACGUGCAAUUUUCAAAUAGAUUGAUAGAUAGCCUGAUCUGUUCUGAUGGAUCGAAAGAGUAGGAAUGGAUAGAGAGGGAAUCCAUCAAUAAUAAGGGGAAAUCUCCUAUUUUUAUCUAUAGAUGAGACAACCAUCUAUUCUUGAUCCAUCAGAAAGAAAUCGAUAUGUAUCUGAUGGAGUCUACUACAUCGUACGUAGAACGCCCAAGCGCUUUUAAGGCCUGCUCAGUCAGUUCUCUUAUCCAUCGGUCCAAUGCACUGGGCUCAUCUCAUGGAGGGAAAAGCCAAAAUGUAGUUGUGUUGUUGUUCGCCGCCUCGACGCAUUCCCUUCUCUCCCCGGCAUCGUCCCACACAGAAAGAAAGAGCGCAGAGCCCCGGCCCGACCUGUAGGUCCGCUAACGUAAAGCGAGGAGUUUAGCCUGAACCGGCAAACCGAAGUAACUUUCGGAACCAUACUUCCUACAGCUAACACGUGUCCAGUUCAGCGGGAACGCGCAGCGCAAACGAACGUGAGCUGCUAUACCGAAUCCCCCGCCGGCCAUCGGGGACCGAGUGGUAAAGCCAUGAUCCGCAGGGGAACGGAUCACUCAUUCUUCCAUUGGGGACAGGUGCACGAACGACAACUCCAAACGUCACACAUCCGUCGCCUACCUACCGUUUAGGUGGCACCAGCGAGAUCCAGCUAAGGUAAGGAACUUCGUGUCGCGGCUGCUCCACUCCGCCGCGGUCCCAUGAGCUGAACUUCGUUGCCUUCCCGCGCGCGAAGCGGAUGGGUGCCGCGCUGCGGGUCAGUUUCGGGGCGGGGGGGCAAAUAGAGACCAGAAGAAUGAUUCAUUUGGAUCGACGAGCUUUUUCAGCCC